UCCUGUCACGUGACAGUCAACCAUGGCUACCCUCUCGUAAUGAUGUACAAUAGAUAAAAAAGAGGCUCUUUCGAUACUUUAAUAAUUAAAUUUGUCUACUCAAACAAGUUGGACUAACCAUGCAGAAAAUCAAGUCACUUAUGGCCCGUCAGGGCCUGAAAAGUCCUCAAGAGAGCAUGGCAGAGCUCAGUCCUGUUGAGAAUUUGAGAAUCCCAAGCAAGGAGGAGUUGCGGGAGCUGAGGCAGCAGCCCAUUGACCCCCAGGCUGAACAAGAAAUCAUCGACAGCAUUGGGGAGGUCUACUUCUCCAAUGACUCCUUCGACAUGGUGCAGCAUGAACUGGAGAAACUCCCACCAGAGCUGAACUUACAGGAGCUGGAGGAGUAUAGAGAUAAGCUUAAGAGACAACAAGCAGCAGUUUCUAAAAGAGUUGCCGAUCUCAUUCUGGAGAAACAGCCUUCCUAUGUUAAGGAGCUAGAGAGGGUGACGGCAUUACAGACCAACCUGCAGCUGGCAGCAGUGAUUUGCACUAACGCAAGAAGGCAACUCAACGUGGCAAAAGCUGGGUUUACAGAGGCCAGCCUGGGUCUGCUAGCCAAUCAGAGGAGACGACAACUGCUGACAGGCUUGCUCAAAUCUCUAAGGACCAUCAAAACAUUGCAAAGAACAGAUGUAAGACUGAGUGAGAUGCUGGAGGAGGAAGACUAUCCAGGUGCAAUCCAGCUCUGCCUGGAAUGCCAAAAGGCUGCCAGCACCUUCAAACACUACAGCUGCAUAAGUGAACUGAAUUCAAAGCUACAAGACACUUUAGAACAAAUAGAGGAGCAGCUUGACGUCGCCCUGUCGAAGACUUGUAAGCACUUUGAUGUUUUGCACUACACCAAGGUCCAGAUGGCCUACACACUCCUGGGAAAAACACAGACCGCUAUGGACCAGCUACACAUGCACUUCACCCAAGCCAUCCAUAACACGGUGUUCCAAGUGGUGCUGGGGUACGUUGAGCUGUGUGCCGGCAAUGCUGACACCAAAUUCCAGAAGAUGCAGUACAAAGACCUGUGCACGCACAUCACGCUUGACAGCUACAUUCCCUGCCUGAUGGAUCUUUGCAAAGCUUUGUGGGAGGUGAUGCUAAGCUAUCACCGCACAAUGCAGUGGCACGAGGAGCAAGACAGACAGGAGACCACACCCCCUCCAGAUGAGCUUGCAGCAUCAAAGUCUGAUGAGUCGAUUGUGGAUCGUAGCUACGUCAAAAAGAAGUUGGAGCACGGACUCUCACGGAUCUGGCAGGACGUCCAGCUGAAAGUGAAGUCUUACAUCCUGGGAACGGACAUGUCCAACUUCAAAUUUGACGAUUUCAUCGUGGUUCUGGACGUCAUCAGCAGGUUGAUGCAGGUUGGUGAAGAGUUCUGUGGCAGCAAGUCUGAGGUCCUGCAGGAGUCAAUCAAACGCCAGAGUGUUAACUACUUUAAAAACUAUCACAGAGCACGUCUGGAGGAGUUGAGGAUGUUUCUGGAAAAUGAGACGUGGGAGCUUUGUCCAGUCAAGUCCAACUUUAACAUCGCCCAGCUCCAUGAGUUCAAGUUCAUGGGCCAGUGUCGCUCUCCAUCCGUGUCCCCAAGCAGACAGGCUGUUUCCACCUCCUACGCAGCCCAGGAGGAUCAGUCUCUGUUCCAGCAGUACGUCCAGGACGGGAACCCCUUUGAGAUGCACAUAGAAGAGAAAGAAGAAGAGACGGAGGACGUGCUGGCCUCUAAUGGGUAUGAGUCAGAUGAGCUGGAGAAGAGCGUGUAUCAGGAAUACGACAGCGACAGCGACGUCCCUGAGGAGCUCAAGCAGGAUUAUGUUGACGAGCAGACAGGUGACGCCCCUCUGAAGAGUGGAUCCCGAGACACUAUAAGAAGCAAGAGAAAGUCUGACUACUGUCUUAAUAAGGCAAAUGCUCCAAUCCUCACCAACACCACCCUCAACGUCAUUCGGCUUGUCGGCAAAUACAUACAGAUGAUGAACAUCCUCAAACCAAUUGCCUUCGAUGUCAUCCACUGUGUGUCGCAGCUCUUUGACUACUACCUUUACGCUGUGUACACCUUCUUUGGACGCAACGAUAUGUAUGAGUCAUCCGGUCUGGGCCUCAUCAGCAGCAGACUGAGAACCACACUGAACCGGAUCCAAGAGAGCCUCAUUGACAUGGAUCCCGUUGGGGAGAACGCAGGAGUCCACGCCCCGACAGAGGACAGGAAAGAAAAGGUGCCGAGCCCCCACCUCAGCCAUCUGGUGGUCCUCACAAACAGUGAGACCCUCUAUGGCCUGGCUCAGAGGGUGGUGGCCACCGAGUCUCUAGCGUGUCUGGCUGAGCUGUUCGAGUCCCUGCAGUCGCAUUUGGAUGCUAUGAUGCCUGCAGCCAAGAAGCCCUUCUUGCAGCAGUUUUAUUCCCAGACGGUGUCUACAGCCAGCGAGCUGCGGAAGCCAAUCUACUGGGUCGUGGCAGCCAAGGCCAUCGACUACGAGCAGAUGCUGCUCAUGAUGGCCGGAGUCAAAUGGGACAUCAGAGAGAUAAUGUCACAGCACAACAUAUACGUAGACGUCCUGUUGAAGGAGUUUGAGCAGUUUAACAAGCGGCUGGGGGAGGUGUCCAGACACGUGCGCAUCCCCCUGCCCGUGUCCAACGUCCUGUGGGAGCACUGCAUCCGCUUGGCCAACAGGACACUGGUCGAAGGAUAUGCGAAUGUGAAGAAGUGCAGUAACGAGGGCCGGGCCCUGAUGCAGCUGGACUUUCAGCAGUUCCUGAUGAAGCUGGAGAAGCUGACGGACCUGCGGCCCAUUCCCGACAAGGAGUUUGUUGAGACCUACAUCAAGGCCUAUUACCUGACUGAAAACGACAUGGAGCAGUUCAUCAAGAACCACAGGGAAUACUCCAUGAAACAGCUUGCCAACCUGGUAAACGUGUGUCUGGGUUCACAUAUAAACAAGAGGGCUCGACAGAAACUUCUAGCAGCCAUCGACGACAUUGACAGACCCAAGAGAUAAACUACUGAAGGGAUCACGCCUCAUGCCAUGUGAACACCUCAAUAGACACGAGCCAAGUGGUGAAGGCCGGCAUUGAAUGUCUUCAUCUGCCUUUAUAGCGAUAGUAUGAAAAAAAAAAGCCAGUGUCGAGUGAAGCUGACAUGUUGUGAAGUUGAUGUUAAUUCUGUCAUUUAUGGGCUAAAUCAGCUGCUCCUUUGACCCACUCUAUAGGCUGCACACAUAAAUCAUAUUGCCUGCUCUCCUCAGCUGAUGUGGUAUUUAUUACAUUUCUCUGCAAAGCAUCAGGUUUUUCUGUUUUUACAUGAACUGCAUCAUCCGCUAUGCUAAAAGAUUUGUGCAGCUGGAGACUCAAAAGAAAUAGCCGACAUGCUCCCUAAAGUGGGUUCACUUCCUAGCUUUGAGGCAAAUAUGUCUCAUGAAAAUGCUGUUGUUUUUAGGUUUGAUUGACACAUGGGAUCGUUGUUUUUCACCCUAAUGACGUUUGCUGUUUUUGGUCGAAGGGGUUUGUGUUUUGUUGAGCCUGACUUGAUACUUAAUAUUUUGUUUUGCUUAGUCCACAAAUAAAGUAAAUUGAAUAUAAAGAGGAGGAUGCAGACAGUAAUAUAAUACAUGGUCUAUGUUCACAGCAGCUGCUGUUGUUAGUUUGCCAUCUGUCACAUCUGAGGAGGAAAUUGUUCUGCAUCUUGGGAGGAGUUUUUCUAGAACGUCUCAUCUUUCAAUCUGGCAUUUGGCCAGAAAAGGUAAAUGGGUCUCAGUUUUGUUUUUCGGUUUCUGUCAAAUGUGUAACUUUCUGAUGUUAGUUUUUGGAAUACAGGAUUUGUAAUUAAAUUGAACUCUCCGUAAAAAGUGAAAUCCAAACACUAAAGCCAUAGAGAAAUGCUCAUGUUCAGAUUAGUUCAUCAAAAAGGGGUUUAGUUUUAGAGAUAAAUAUUGCUUUAAGUGAUUAAAAUUAUAGUUUAAUUAGUACCAAUGUUCAUUUUCCAACCUCCUUAGGUAAAUUUAUGGACUAAAAUGCUUCAAAAGUUAUUUCAAAUUCCACAAAUAUCUCUACAUAAUAAAUGAAAAAAUAGGUAAAACUUCUUUCAAGACAACUAAAUAGGUAAUAAAAGGUUUUGUCACUUGAAAAAAUUAGUUGUCAUAUUUGGAAUUUUGGCUUUAAUCCUACAAAAUAAAGGAAUAAUUACUUUUAAAAAAACACAUAAGCUUCUAACGUUCAUUUUUCUUUCCUUUUUUUUUUGUUUUUUAGAUAAACUGUUUCCUUUCUGAACAACCUAAACAUCAAAGGUUUGCAGCUACAUUUUAUAGUAUAUUAUUUUGCAUUAUUAAAAAAACAUUGUUUUUUAAAUGUGUUCUUUUUUUUGUUGCUUUUUUAGUAAAAUAAAGUUAAAUUAAAAUGUGAAAAACUGAGUUAAUCUUGAAACUGAAACAAACCAACACAUGCUUUCCUUAAAUGAUGAGGUGUGUUUAAAACUUUCUGUCAACAUAACACCUGAAAUCUGACUUAAAUGUAAGUGAAUGAUUCUCUUCUGGCUUUAAUGUUCUGGAUUUAACUUAAAUUAAGUUUUUGUGGCGGUCUGUCAGAUAAAUGAUCAAAACAAACUGAUGUUCAGGUUUUGAUGCAGCUUUGAAAUGUUUAUGGAAGUGAAAGUUCAAAUGUGAAUGUUUCACCUCACAUUUAUUUCUUGCCUUGUUUUUUUGUUUUUUUUAACCCGUGGUAUUUAUCACCUCACAUGUAACUUAGCACCUGAAUGGAAUAGUUAUAAACGUCCAAACGUGUUGCUUGUGGAGUACGCUAUAGCAAUUAUCUGUAAUUGUAGGUUAUACCACGUUGAUUCUCACAAAUACACUAAAACGUGACGUUUAUUCUCUGUAUUUACUCACCUUAUCUUUGGAAUGUGUUGAGGUACAUUAAACAUUGAAGCUGACGGAG